AUCUUAAAACUUAAAUCGUAUUUCACAUUUCACUAUUUCAGUCAUUCACGGAUUCAGUCACUGUCUUCAUAAUAUCAUUCUAUUAAUAUUGUUCUGCAGUUUCCAUCAUAGUCAUCCAGCCUGCUAUUAUAGGUCUAUGGCAGUGUCGAUUUACAAUAAUACAAUUUGAAAUUGUUUUCCCUUUUUUGUAUAAACACUGAUUUUUCACAUGUUUGAUCUACUAUUUAGACGAAGAAAGAAGAUAACCUUGUAUUUUGGAAUCUAAUCAAAAACUCAUUGAUAUUUUAUCAAAGUGUAAUACCCUAUGAUAUUUAUAUAUACCCUUAUAAUACAAUAAAUGUGCCUAUGAUAUGUUCAUGCGACUUACGGGUUAUGUAUAUCUAUACCUAUUAUAAUAAUAUUACGCCUGCAAUGCUAAGCAAAUCAGCCAUCAGUCAAUCACUCAAUGUCAGUCAAUCGUGAGAAUUAAUUAUGUUAUUAUCAGCGUGCGCCUCGCUUUCAUUUAAAUAUUUCACAACAUUUAGCCGACAAUCAAUUCGUAUCUGGAUCGACGGGGUUAUAAUAUUGUAAUGCAUGUGACUCGGAGAAGAACUGAAAAAUACUUUGACAUUGUAACGUAACAGCAACAGUAUGUUACUCAACAUCGUUUUGUCGUAACGCACAGACAUUUUACCUUUUUAAUUGAUAAACUUUUUCAAGUUAUUGGAUUAUGCYGUGUUCCAAUAAAAAGUAAUUUAACAGAUGAUAAACUGCUAUUGCUUUGAAUACACUUACCAAUCAGCGAACAUAUAAAUAGUUACAUCAUAGUGAGCUGAUCAAUAUGUCAAUUAGAGGUUCCGCCUGGAAACCAAAUUUACUGAUGGCAUCUUCGGGUUGUCGUGCACAAGCAGUAUGUCGUACAUUCUCAAAGAAGUGCAAGAAAUCUUUAACAGAUGAUUCAUUACUAUUAUCUAUUUUAAAAAAACGCACUAGAAGUUUUUUUAAAAAACAAGACUUUGGCACUCAUAUUUCAAGAACUAGAAAGGUAAUGAUUGCUUGCAAAAAAGUAAUUACUGCAGUCAAUAAGUUUAAGGAAAAAUUAGCCAAACACAGAAAAAACUUGAUCAUGUGUGUGGCUAUGGCUUUUACAUUUGAUUGGUAUAAAGAAAGAAUAUGUGUUGAUGAGUUCAUCAGGUUACGUCAAGAAUUUGGAAUUAUUAAAAAAUUAAAUAAACAAUCUACCACAAAUAAUACUAUCCAAAAUGAGCAGCAAAAUAUUAAUAUUUCUCAAAACACGAAUUCUAAUGAUAAUAAUGAAUUAAAAUCUAARACAGAAAAUAAUCAAAACCAAUUUGAGUUUACACAUACCAGUUAUGAUAGUCCUAGAUGUAGAAACAUGAGUGAGGAAGGAUGGGAACCUUUUACGAGUGGUUCUUAUUACAAUGCUUGGAGAAAACCUAAUGUUGAUUACCCAGAUCAAAAUUUAUAUGUUUAUAAAGUGCAUGGAUCAUUUAAUGAUAUAACAGCAUUGGACUUCAUGCAAGUCCAGUUAGACCUUCAAUAUCGAAAAGAAUGGGAUAGUAUGUCUGUAGAUUUGGAUAUUUUCGAUUCAGAACCUCUUACACAUAGUGAUCUAAUUUACUGGGAAUUUCGUUGGCCGAAAUGGUUUCAAAAUCGCGAUUAUGUGUUUAAACGGCGCUACAAAAUUGACGAAGAUGAAAAAAUAAUGGUGAUUGUUUCUGAAAGUGUUGAACAUCCUGAUUAUCCGGAACAGAAAAAUAAAUGGAGAGUAAAAGAUUAUUGGUCAUAUGUUGUCAUUAAACCACAUGAAGAUUUUGACAAGCCWGGAGUUGAGUUUUCAAUCACUUACUUUGAUGACCCUGGAGUUACAGUUUCAAAUUACCUCACAUCAUGGUACCAAAGUAAAGGAUUGCCUUCAUUUUUAAACGAUCAAAGAUUAGCUGCAUUAAAAUUAAAAAAACGUCGCUCAGAAGAAAGAAAUAUUUUAAACCCAGAUAAAACUAAUUUAGAGACCAAACUAGAUCAACCACAGACACAAACGUCUUGGAUUUCUUGGAUUUUUGGAUACUUUUUAUUUUAAAUGACAUUGAAUAUAAAUUAGUUGUUGAAUAGUCAAUAAAAAAAAAUUUUAUUUGUGCAAA